CCGCAAUGACACUAACCAGCCGAGCCUGUUUUAGCUUUGGUCACCUGCAAAUACUGUAUCCUUGAGAAUGACAGGCGACUUUACCAGACCUUGAUAGCUGACUGCUGUUAAUCAAAACAUAACCACAAAGGCAAUAAUCCAACUUGCAGGAAAAUAAUUUUCAGGUUGUAACAUUAUAAUCGUUAACUUCUGGCGACUUGGAGUAUCAAGACAUCGCUUACGUUAUGCGUGUUGCCGGAUAAGCACAGUUUACGCCUCUUCUAAAAUUCACAAUGAAGAGAAGAAGUGAAGCGUCGUCUGCACCACUGCAGACUAAAAAGAGGCAUCGUGAUGACUCAUAUGAAGAAUCAAAGUUAUCCAGACAUGACUCUAGCCAAAAUGAUUCCCUCAGUGACCAGGAGGAUCACCAACUAGGAUCCGCCUCCACAUCAUCCUUUGAUGACCAAGACACUGACACCACGCAGACCUCCAGUUUCUCCAUGUACAACAGCGUGUCACAGAAACUCAUGGCCAAGAUGGGCUUCCGUGAGGGUGAAGGUCUGGGGAAGUUUGGCCAGGGACGCAAAGAGAUUGUGGAGGCCUCUACUCAGCGUGGGAGAAGGGGUCUUGGUCUCACGCUGCAGGGCUUUCAGGGGGAGCUCAAUGUUGACUGGCGUGAUGAACCAGAGCCCAGUGCCAUAGAGAGGGUAGAGUGGUUCCCAGAAUGCACUACAGAGAUCCCAGAUUCAGAUGAGCUGAGGGACUGGAUGAUUUUGGGACCGAGAAAACUUAAGAUCGAAGAUGAGACAGAGUUUUGUACUGAGGACCUCCUGCACACUCUGCUGAGGUGCAAGACUGUGUUUGAUAACCUGGAGGGCGAGGAGAUGAGGAGAGCACGGACACGCUCUAACCCAUACGAGAUGAUCAGAGGAGGCAUCUUCCUCAACAGAGCAGCUAUGAAAAUGGCCAACCUCGACUACUGCUUUGACCACAUGUUCACCAACCCAAAGGACUUACAAGGGAGGCCCUUGACUAAAGACCGUGAUGGCGAGCUUCUGUACUUUGGAGAUGUAUGCGCAGGGCCGGGAGGCUUCUCGGAGUACAUACUGUGGAGGAGACGCUGGCACGCCAAGGGGUUUGGCAUGACACUUAAAGGACCCUGUGACUUCAAACUGGAAGAUUUCUAUGCAGCGCCGAGUGAGCUGUUUGAGCCUUAUUAUGGUGAGGGAGGGGUGGACGGGGACGGGGACAUCACUCGGCCGGAAAACAUAACCGCCUUUCGUAACUUUGUCCUGGAGAGUACUGAAAGGAGAGGGCUGCACUUCCUCAUGGCAGAUGGGGGUUUCUCUGUGGAAGGCCAGGAAAACAUCCAGGAGAUCCUGAGCAAACAGCUGCUGCUCUGUCAGUUCCUCACAGCCCUCUCUACACUCAGGACAGGUGGUCACUUUGUUUGUAAGACCUUUGACCUCUUCACUCCCUUCAGUGUGGGCUUGGUUUACCUCCUCUACCUCUGCUUCGACAGGAUCUCUCUCUUCAAACCAGUCACCAGCAGACCUGCCAACUCUGAGAGGUACAUAGUGUGCCGUGGUCUGAAACCUGGUUCGGACGCCGUCAGGGAGUACAUGUUCAGAGUCAACCUGAAGCUGAACCAACUGAGGCACUUGGGCAACGAUGUCACAGAUGUUGUUCCCCUGGCCAUCAUCAAAGACGACACCGAUUUCUACCAGUUUAUGGUCAACUCCAAUGAGAGCCUCUGUGCAGUCCAGAUCAAGGCCUUGGCUAAGAUCCACUCCUAUGUUGUUGACCUGACCCUUUCAGAACCAAAGCAAGCAGACAUUAGGAAGGAGUGUCUGAAACUUUGGGGCGUCCCUGAUAAAGCCAGAGUCGCCCCUGCUUCCUCAGACCCAAAGUCCAAGUUCUAUGAACUGGUUAAGAAUUCUGAUGUAGAGUCCUUCCAGUCUAAGGUCACAUCUCUCGACUCCAGCACGCUUGAGAAGUUGCGUCAUAUCCUGGACCACAGGUGCAUUGUGGGAGGUGGAGAGCAGAUCUUCCUUCUGGCGCUCGGGAAGUCUCAGAUAUACACGUGGGAUGGGAAGAUGCCUGUGCGCUGGAGGAAACUGGAGAGUUUCAAGCUGGAGCUGCCAAGAGAUACACUUCUAAGUGUUGAGAUCGUCCAAGAGCUGAAGGGCGAGGGCAAAGCUCAGCGUAGAAUCAAUGCAGUUCAUGUGAUGGAUGCACUAAUACUGAAUGGCACUGAUGUACGAGACAAGCACUUCAACCAAAGAAUCCAGAUGGCUGAGAAGUUUGUGAAGGCGGUGGCCAAACCCAGCAGACCAGACAUGAACCCUAUCAGAGUGAAAGAGGUUUACAGGCUGGAGGAAAUGGAGAAAAUCUUUGUCAGACUAGAGAUGAAGGUGACAAAGAGCUCAGGAGGAGUCCCACGUCUGUCCUACACGGGCAGAGAUGACCGACACUUCCUUCCGACAGGCCUUUACAUUAUUAAGACUGUCAACGAGCCGUGGACGAUGGCAUACAGUAAAAACUCCAAGAUGAAGUUCUUCUUUAAUAAGAUAACCAAAGAGUCCACCUAUGAAAUGCCACCCAACUCUGCUGCCCCCUUCCACGUUUGCCACUCCGAGAGGCUCUUCUGGGCCUGGGUGGACGGGGUGAUAGUCCAUGAUUCUCAGACACGGGUGGACCCUGAGAAACUGUCCAAAAAUGAAGUUUUGUCCUUUGUCCACCAGCAUUAUCAGCCCUGAAACACUCUUAGGACCCCCAGAGCUUCACUAACUACAACCUGAAUGCAGAAUGCACUAAAUGAUGGAGGAGAGAGAGCCUUAGAAAUGGUUAUCAUAGAAUGCCUGAUUUGUGUUUAUUUUGACAGUAAAAGACCAUAGGGCCAAAUAAAUGAAUCUGCCAAGAUAGAUCAAAGCUAUCAUUUAUAGUCAACAAACUUUAAAGUUAAGUUUUGUUAAUGCCUGUCUUUAUUGUCCCAUUAAAUAUCACUUAACAAGCUGCUUUAAUGACCAUUGUCAAGGUCCUCUUGUUCCUCUAAAUCACGUUGUUUAGAAAAACUAUUACCAGGUUGUAACUUGACUUCUGGGGUUUAAGUGAUGAACUGUUUGCUGCUUCAUCCAGCUGUGACAUUUGGACUUUGUUAAAGCAACGGACAUUUGACAAACCACUCUGUCUUUUUGCCUUUUCCACUGCCCUCGGCUCCAUGAAUUGUAAUGAAUGCAAACAGCCUCGUAGAACAGAGUGGAGGCAAGAAGCUGCUGCUGUCUCUUCAUCGGAUUGCAUGUCCCUUCUGGGUGAACUUCUUGCAGUUUCUCCUCCGUGCAUUGCUUGUGUGGGUUUGUGUUUGUGUGUACAUACUUAAUACGAGAGAUGGCCCUUUGAUUUUCAGUUUCAAAUGUCAAACUAUGCAUUCAUAUCUGUUAUCACAGUCCGGCUUGCCUUGCUUCACACUUGCUCUCUUCAUUGACACCAGGAUCUGUUUGUCCAGUCUCUCACACCAACGGACUCCUUUUAGUCUCACGCAAAACUGUAGCUGAAGCCUAAAUAAUCUACGCCCUAAAUACAACACGCGUGAAUAUUAUAUCAUUGAUGUCAUUCACGGUCUCCUGGUCUAACGUUUGGAUGGUGUCCUGUUAAGUGUUUUUACUACGACGCCUCUCUGUGAUUGUGCCUCAUGUCGCCUGGACUGUGCGUUUUCUUAAAUAUUGCAAUUAAGUUAUGUUUUUCUUGUAAAGUUAGCGAUCAAUCCCUUUGAUGUAAAUAGUCCUAACGUAGUUAAUAAAUGGGAGAGAAAUGA